UUCUGUUUCAGAGUUGACUCUGUAUUGCUACAGAGACCUGCAAUGGGAGUGUGCAGUUUUCUGUUGAAAAAUUCUCUCAAGAGCUCAUGAUUUUUUUUCCAUCUCUCCUCUUAACAUUUCUACUACUCCGCAGACAUGGCUCACCACGCAAGGCCUUCCAGAUUAGCAAAAAAGGAAGAGAUAGGCAAAAGGAAAACUAACCAGAGUAAAAAGAAAUCUAGCCAAGUGAGAAAGAAAACCACAAAGACUUCCACAAAAGCUGUUAGUUCUGGAAAAGGCAAAAAGCUGGCACAAGAAAAAGAUGUUAAGAAAAAGCAGCAAGAAAAGAAACCAAUCAUGAGCUCUUCAGGUAGAUUUCUCAGGAGCAGUGUCACCAGAACCUUGUCUGGAACACCUUGGGUGAGUUUGGAGAAAGCUGACAAUAUCCUCUUUCAUAGCCAGGAAGCUUUCAACAUCAAUGGUUUUACAAUGUCUCUUCGUAACCGAUCGUUCUCCCGUAGAUUUUCUCAAGCUCCAACAAUUGCAAAACCCAGAAAAGCUGCAGCACAAAAAAAGCUAGAAACAAAGGAAAAACAUGAACAAGCUCUGGCAGUAGUAGAAGACAAAAAUGUUGAAGCAUCCGAAAAAGUGUUGGAACAGAAUUUAGCACAAGAUGAAUUAGCUUCUCUGCCUAUAGAGGAUAUUCCAUGCAGUGUAGAUGAAAAGCCUGCUGCCAUGUGUGCUGAUCAAGAAGAGGAAGGAGAAAUACCUGAAAUGAAGAACUCUGUUCCAAGCACCCAAGUGACUGGUGACAAUACAGCAGUGUCAGAGGUGGAGUAUGAGCAUGAAGACCUGCCCUGUGAGCAGACACUUAUUGAUCUCAAUGCAAGUAGUGCAGCUGAAGCAUCUGUUGAAGAUGCUGCAUUGGUGCUUCCGUCUUCUGAUUCCAUAACCACCUCUGAAUCAAACUCGAAGGUGUGUAUAGAGACUCCCUUCGACCUGGUGCCUAACAGUAAAGAACCUGACUCUGGUUCUAUCGAUACCUCAGACCCCAGUUCAGCCAUGCUGUUAGAAGAGUUGGUCCCACUUGCUGCAUCCCGCACUGAAGCAGAGUCAGACCUGGUGCUAGCCAGUGAAGAACGCAACUCGAAUUCCGCACCCACAGUUACCUCUGAGUUAAAUUCACAAGAAUGUUUAGAAGAUCUGAGCUCAUUUUCAGAGUCCUGCAUAAAUGCAGAUGGGGAUAUGAAGUCUGAGAAUGAAGAUCUUGGUUCACAUGAAGCUGCCACUGAAUCAAAUUCGCUUUUACAUUUUGAAAGCGUAAGCUCACUUGUGGAAUCUGACAUGAAACUCAUGGAUUUUGUGCCCAUGCACAAAGAGCUUGACUCAUAUUCAGAUCUGAGCUGUACAGUAGAGAAUACAGAAUCAGACUCAAAAAACACAUUUACAGUAAGCGAACCAGUUUCUGAUACCUCUUUAACCAAUAUUGAAGUGGAGGAUAUUGAACAACUUGUUAAAUGUAUUGAUGCAGAGACAUUAAUUUUGAAUUCAGGUUAUGUCCCCCCUUUAUCAUCAGAUAUAGAACAACGAGCAGUCGAUAAACUCUCCAGUGAGAGUUCCAGAACAUUCUCUGAAGGUUUUGUUUCAGACUUGCCUUCGAGCACAGAAAUCUCUGUUCUUGCCUUAGAAAAAGCCAUAAACACAGAUUUGCCAGCUGACUCAAGACUGCAGCAGAACGAUUAUUCAUCACAGCUGGAAAGUGUUGGAAUAAGCUUGAAUUUGGUUCAGGACAACGUGAGCAACAGCACUCAAACAGUUGAGGCCUCAGGGCCAUCCUCUUUUACAAAUCCGGCUGGCGGUUACCCUCUUGCAUAUCCAUCUCUGCUCCCGAUGUUAGAGAAAAAGAAACGAAGGCGUUGUGGAGUCUGUGAGCCUUGUCUGCGGAAAACAAAUUGUGAAGAAUGCAGCUGUUGCAGAAAGCGCAAAACCAGUCACCGGAUAUGUAAAAAGAGAAAAUGUGAAGAACUGAAAAAGCCACCGCCACCAAUCACACUACCUCUUGAGGUUCUAACUGAAAACAAAAGACCUCAGAGGAGGAAGCAAAGAGUUUUUAAGGCAAAUUUAGAAAACAAACCAGUAAAUGGCCGCAGACCAGAACUCAUGGAAUGCAGUAUAUGUGGUCAUGGUGAAAAAUACAGGGUGAAAACAAACCAAACACAACCCUUUGAAAAUGCACAGUCUAAGGAGAAAGAAAGAAUGACAGGCUUAGAAGCAGAGAAGUGGGCACAUAACGAGAAGCCAUCUUUUGGUGUCCAUGUCAAUGGAGAUACCCAUGGAACUCUGACAGGCCACGAACACUUGAGAAAUGCAGAAGAAAGUGAACGAGCCGUCUCUCCCAGUCAAUUAGCUGAGCCAAAAAAAUCAUUUGCACAGACCAUCAAAAAUGGCAUAAAAACCCUACAUUACUUAUCACCAGAAGCAGUUGCUUCACUGAAAAAAGCAUCUGUAGUGGAAAGGACAGAUUUGACAAGCAACUCCCAUGCCCAGUGGAUGAAGGCUACCAAUCUGAAUGACAUAGUCAGCACUCUGACAACUAGUGUUAGCUGUGUUCACCCAGACAAACAAGGAAAUCUUUUCAUGAAAGAGGAAAACUGUACUUGCAGUGUCUUUCAGGAUUCUGAUAAGUCAGUAUUGCAAACCAGCUCUGUUUUGGAUCUGCAGGAAAGCACAUGUUGUCCUCCUUUGGUUAAAGAGGAAGUGCAUGGAGAGGAUGGCUUCAAAGUACCUAACGCAGAGACACAGUAUGAGAGUCCUUCACUCCAGCCAACUUUCUUGUCCCUGAUUAAAAACAGAAACCUAACUGUGGAGCAGGUUGUAGCUAUUGAAGCUUUAACACAGUUAUCUGAAGUCCCUUUAGCAACAUCUUCCCCAACUAAAGCUGAAAAUAGUGAAUGUACAGAAGAAAGAACUUCCAACUUGCUCCAUAGUUAUAAAAGGGAUAUUUCAUCCUCCUUUACGUCUUCUACAUUAAAAGAAAUCAAAGACACUUACUUACAGAAAGAACAACAGCUCUUGACUCACUGUGCUCACUCACAAAAGCAGCUCCCAAAUAAGCCAGUAUUAUACAAUGGCCAAAGUUCGAUUUCUGAAUUGCAUGAUAAACCUGCCAAUCUUGCUAGUGAGAUGUAUAAAUUGCAGUUAUCCUCAAGAGAUACCAAAACUUUAUCUGAGUUAAGAUCUAAUGCAAAAUCAUUUUCAGGACUUAAUACCAAGAAAAACUGUGAUCCAGUCACCCUUUCACAGUAUUGCAGUGUUCAGCAUGCAAGCAGCAACUUGGAUACUCUUGGCCAGUUAGAUCAAAAGCCAACCUGUAAUAAUUUGAGCUUAGAAGCUGGUUCUUUAAUUAAAGAAGGAGGAAUUCACAGCCAGGAUGAAGAGGAUGUAGCUACACAACUAACUCAACUUGCAGCAUUAAUUGAAUCAAACCGGGCAAAUCCAGAACAGAAAAAUGACAUAAAGACAUCACUGCUUAACUUAAUAUCCCAUGAGAGGCAAGCAAAACAUAACCAAGACCUGCUGCAGAGAAAAGAAUCUGUAUUUUUUAGGCAUAAUUGCAGUUCCUUACUGUUAAAGCAAAAACAAUCAACAAAAAAAGGAAAUGCUGUACCGUGGAAACCAAGACACAAAAAAAAGCCUCAAGAAGCACGCUAUCAACAGAUUAAUCGAAACCAACUAGAGUUGUUGUCAUGCCAGCAUAGUGAGUUACAGGACAUUUGGAUAUCAUCAAAACUGCACAAGCUUGGUCAAACCAUGCCACAGGACUCCAGAAUAGUUCUGUCUGAAAAAAAAUCACCAAGAACCAAAGUACAGAAAGCACUGAGUCAAAAUGCGCUAACGUUACAGGAAAAACCUAGGUUGUUUCUUCCUCAAACACAGAUAAAAUUCCAUAGAUUAUCUGAGGUACCGCAGGACAAAAAAAAAGACAGGUUGUUUGGCUAUGAAGUGGUGAAUGAACAAAUCAAAACUGCAGGCUCCAGUGACCCACCAGGCAUCAUUCCACUGAAAAACGACGUUGCUGCAUGUAACCAAUAUAGUGAUCUGCUCUCCCAUAAUCCUCUGUCAGUUUCGCAGUUGAAAACAGCAUCCUUGUUAACCAGACCAAGUGAAAACACACAGAUGUUUACAGAAAAAUGUAAUUCUCAGGUACAGCAGGCAGUGAAUGUUGGUCAGACACAUCCUUUGCCUCAAACUUUUAGUCAGUCUAACCUGAGAGCUAGCGAAGCAUGCAGUGAAGAUAAAGCCUAUGUCCAGCAGGGUGCUGUUGAUCAACAGGUAGAUCCGAAAAUGCUGCCUGUUUCCUGCAGUGCGGGUCAGGUGCCAGGCACUGUGGAAGCUCUCAGGAACAUGGAGUGUGCAGGGGAAGUUACCAUUCUAACAUCAAGAAGUUUGGGUACUGACCAUCCGCAGAGCACAGGCGACUCAGGGUGUUCUCCAGCAAAAAACACACUCAGCAGUUUUCUCGAAUCACCGAUGAAGUUUCUCGAUACUCCUACAAAAAAUUUAAUAGAUACACCUACAAAAAAAGGACAGUCUGAAUUGCCAACUUGUGACUGUGUUGAGCAAAUUAUUGAGAAAGAUGAAGGCCCAUAUUACACACACCUCGGAACAGGACCAAGUGUUGCUGCUGUGAGAGAAAUAAUGGAGAACAGGUAUGGAGCAAAAGGAAGCGCUGUGAGAAUAGAGGUAGUCGUUUAUACAGGAAAGGAAGGAAAAAGCUCUCAGGGGUGUCCGAUUGCCAAGUGGGUGAUACGAAGAAGUAGUGAUGAGGAGAAGUUGUUAUGCUUGGUACGUCAGCGUGCGGGACACCACUGUCAGACUGCUGUCAUAGUGAUUCUCAUACUGGCGUGGGAGGGGAUCCCUCAUCUCCUGGCUGAUACGCUGUACAAAGAGCUGACGCAGAGCCUCAGAAAAUACGGCUGUCCCACGAGCCGCAGAUGUGCACUGAAUGAAGACCGUACAUGUGCAUGUCAGGGACUUGAUCCAGAAACGUGUGGAGCAUCAUUCUCAUUUGGCUGCUCAUGGAGUAUGUAUUUCAAUGGAUGUAAAUUCGCCAGAAGCAAAAACCCCAGGAAGUUUAGGCUUCUUACUGAUGACCCUAAACAAGAGGAACUUCUUGAACAUAAUUUGCAAACUUUAGCUACUGAUGUGGCUCCGGUUUAUAAAAAGCUUGCUCCUGAAGCUUUCCAGAACCAGGUGGAAAAUGAACACAUGGGCCCAGACUGUCGGCUCGGAUCCAAGGACGGUAGGCCUUUCUCUGGUGUCACAGCUUGCAUAGAUUUUUGUGCCCAUGCCCAUAAGGACACACAUAACAUGCACAAUGGAAGCACUGUGGUCUGCACGUUAACAAAGGAGGACAACCGGAGAGUCGGGGUGAUUCCAAGCGAUGAGCAGCUCCAUGUGUUACCUCUCUACAAAAUUUCACAAACAGAUGAAUUUGGCACUGAAGAGGGAUUGGAAGCUAAAAUAAAAGCCGGAGCCAUACAGGUGCUCACAGCGUUUCCCAGAGAAGUACGGAUGUUAGCUGAGCCUCUGAGAGCUACAAAGAAAAAGAAACCUGACACAAGGAGGACCCCAAGUGAAAAGCAGCAAUUAAUAGAUAAAAAAUAUUCAACACCAAUAAAGCUGAAAACUGAAGCACCAGAAAAUCUCAGUAACACCUUGCAUUGCUUAGGGAACAAAGCAGAUGCUUUAAAACCUGGGAUAAAAACGGAGACUUCUGAUCACCUCUGUGCCAUGAAACAUACUUCAAACACUACUAAAAAUUGCUCCUUAUUAAAACAAUAUACGGCUUCCUCCCCUUUUAAGGUGGAUAGUUUACAUCCUUAUUCAUCGUUAGCACAUAAGCCUGGCAUAACAGCAGUGACUAAUAUUCAACAAGAUUUUUCAGUUCCCUACGGGUAUUUCGAAUGCAGUAGUAAGCAACCUCACGUGACACCUUAUAUUAAUUGUAACAACUUUGAUGUGUCUGUCAAAGAUUAUACUGGAAUUUUGCUGAAUGAUAAGAUGAACGGUGUGCCGCCAAUUCUUCCAGAGGUCACUGCUCCAGGCCCCCCAGCCCACAAAGAUCCCCCGCCCAGUAUACUUGAACAUCAGCCAGACAAGCAGAAUUGUCAGCCUCAGUCAGACAGUUCUCCUUCUUCACAGAUGAUCAGCUCUUGCGAUUUGUCAGUACCGUUAAGCUCUCCAGCAAAGGACGCAGUUGGAAAUGAAGCUGACUGUUCCCACAGGUGCCCGGUGGAAAAGGGUAGCUCCCAUCGAGAACAGAUGUGUGAUUUUGACUGCAUUGACGAAAAGCAAAACAGUGCACUGGGACAACCGACUGAUUCUGAAGAAAAAGCUGAGGAAAUGUGGUCAGACAGCGAGCACAAUUUUUUGGAUGAUGACAUCGGCGGCGUAGCUGUGGCACCUUCUCAUGGUUCUAUCCUAAUCGAAUGUGCGCGACGUGAACUCCAUGCUACCACACCUAUUAAAAAACCCAACCGCAAUCAUCCCACGCGGAUCUCCUUAGUUUUCUACCAACACAAAAAUUUAAAUGAGCCAAAACAUGGUUUAGCCAUGUGGGAAGCAAAGAUGGCUGAGAGGGCGAAAGAAAAAGAAAAAGAAGCAGAAAGAAUAGGAACAGAGAAUACUGAACUGAACUCCAGCAGCAGGAAAACAAAGCAAACAAGUGAAAACAGAGAGAUUUUUUAUGAAGACAAUGAGUUCAACCAAAUUCCAUCACGCAGAGCAUUAACAGUAACUAAAGAUAACGUAAUAACAGUAUCUUCUUAUGCCCUUACGAGAGUUGCAGGGCCUUACAACCAUUGGGCAUAGGCUUUAGUAUCAAAUGCCUCCUCUUGGUGCAGCGUUACGCAGUGUUUCUUUAAGGUGCUGUUAAAGAACAAGUCUUGUGUCGUUUACUAUUUGCUCAUCUCAACCAUUUUAAGGCUGAGGUAAAAAAAUAAAAAAAAA